CGCCCCCUCCCACUCCCCCGGCGCCCGGAGCCCCGAGUCCGCGGGAAGAUGGCGGCGCCGCUCAUCCCCCUCUCCCAGCAGAUUCCCACUGGAAACCCAUUGUAUGAGUCAUACUACAAGCAGGUAGACCCUGCGUACACAGGGAGAGUGGGGGCCAGUGAAGCCGCGCUGUUCCUGAAGAAGUCUGGGCUCUCGGACGUCAUCCUCGGCAAGAUAUGGGACCUGGCGGACCCCGAAGGUAAAGGGUUCUUGGACAAACAGGGUUUCUAUGUCGCACUGAGACUGGUGGCGUGUGCGCAGAGCGGCCACGAAGUCACCCUGAGCAGUCUGAGUCUGAACAUGCCGCCGCCUAAGUUCCACGACACCAGCAGCCCCCUGAUGGCCACGCCGCCGUCCACGGACGCCCACUGGGCCGUGCGGGUGGAAGAAAAGGCCAAGUUUGAUGGAAUUUUUGAAAGCCUCUUACCCAUCAAUGGUUUGCUCUCUGGAGAUAAGGUCAAGCCAGUCCUCAUGAACUCUAAGCUACCUCUUGACGUCCUGGGCAGGGUCUGGGACCUCAGCGACAUCGACAAGGACGGGCACCUGGACCGAGACGAGUUCGCUGUGGCCAUGCACUUGGUUUACCGAGCCCUGGAGAAGGAGCCCGUGCCCUCCGUGCUGCCGCCCACCCUCAUCCCCCCCUCCAAGAGGAAGAAGUCAGUGUUCCCCGGCGCCGUACCCGUCCUGCCUGCCAGCCCCCCGCCCAAAGACAGCCUGCGCUCCACUCCCUCGCACGGCAGUGUGAGCAGCCUCAACAGCACCGGCAGCUUGUCUCCCAAGCACGGCAUCAAACAGACGCAGCCGGCGGCGACAAGCUGGGUGGUGCCGGUGGCGGACAAGAUGCGCUUCGACGAGAUUUUCCUGAAGACCGACCUGGACCUGGACGGCUACGUGAGCGGCCAGGAGGUGAAGGAGAUCUUCAUGCACUCGGGCCUCACCCAGAACCUCCUAGCGCACAUAUGGGCCCUGGCCGAUACGAGGCAAACGGGGAAGUUAAGCAAAGACCAAUUCGCGUUAGCUAUGUAUUUCAUUCAGCAGAAGGUCAGUAAAGGCAUCGACCCCCCUCAAGUCCUCUCGCCCGACAUGGUCCCGCCCUCAGAGAGAGGCACCCCGGUCCCGGACAGUUCCAGUUCUCUGGGAUCGGGGGAGUUCACGGGAGUGAAAGAGCUGGACGAUAUCAGUCAAGAGAUCGCCCAGUUACAGAGAGAGAAGUACUCACUGGAGCAAGACAUCCGGGAAAAGGAGGAGGCGAUCAGACAGAAGACCAGCGAGGUGCAGGAACUGCAAAAUGACCUAGACCGGGAGACGAGCAGUUUGCAAGAGCUCGAAGCUCAGAAACAGGACGCCCAGGACCGGCUGGACGAGAUGGACCAGCAGAAGGCCAAGCUGCGGGACAUGCUGAGUGACGUGCGGCAGAAGUGCCAGGACGAGACUCAGAUGAUCUCGUCGCUGAAGACGCAAAUCCAGUCGCAGGAGUCCGACCUGAAGUCACAGGAGGACGACCUGAACCGGGCCAAGUCGGAGCUGAACCGGCUGCAGCAGGAGGAGGCCCAGCUGGAGCAGAGCAUCCAGGCCGGGCGGGUGCAGCUGGAGACCAUCAUCAAGUCCCUGAGGUCCACGCAAGACGAGAUCAACCAGGCGAGGAGCAAGCUUUCCCAGCUGCACGAGAGCCGUCAGGAGGCCCACAGGAGCCUGGAGCAGUACAGCCAGGCCCUCGACGGGGUGCACGGCGCCAGCCUGAGCGACCUAGCCGACCUGAGCGAAGGCAUCUCCCUGGCCGAGAGGGGCGGUUUUGGAGCCAUGGACGAUCCUUUCAAAAAUAAAGCCUUGUUAUUUAGCAACAACACCCAGGACUCGCAUGCGGAUCCUUUCCAGGCUGAAGACCCCUUCAAGUCCGACCCGUUCAAAGGCGCAGACCCCUUCAAAGGUGACCCGUUCCAGAAUGACCCCUUUGCCGAGCCACAGACAGCGUCCACAGAUCCAUUCGGAGGGGACCCUUUCAAAGAGAGCGACCCGUUCCGCGGCUCGGCCUCCGACGACUUCUUCAGGAAGCAGACCAAGAACGACCCGUUCACGAAGAACCCUCCCUUACCCUCCAAGCUCGACCCCUUUGAGUCCAGCGACCCCUUCUCGUCCUCCAGUGUCUCCUCGAAAGGCUCAGAUCCCUUUGGAACCCUGGACCCCUUCGGGAGCGGGGCUUUCAGCAGCACUGAGGGCUUUGCUGACUUCAGCCAGAUGUCCAAGCCCCCAACUUCUGGCCCUUUCACCUCCUCCCUGGGAGGGGCAGCAUUCCCAGAUGACCCCUUUAAAAGUAAACAGGACACUCCUGCUCUGCCUCCGAAGAAGCCUGCUCCGCCACGGCCUAAGCCGCCCAGCGAAGCCGUGGCUGAGCAGAAGAACACGGCGUUGUACACAGUGCUGGGGGGUAAAAGUACACCUGUAAGCCAGCUCGGCUCUGCAGACUUCCCCGAGGCCCCCGAUCCGUUCCAGCCGCUCGGGGCUGACGGCGGCGACCCGUUCCAAACUAAGCAGGGCUUUGGGGACCCGUUUAGUGGAAAAGACCCGUUUGUCCCCUCUGCAGCUAAGGCGCCCAAGGCCUCCUCCUCGGGCUUUGCAGACUUCAGUUCUUUUGGCAAUGAGGAGCAGCAGCUGGCCUGGGCCAAGCGGGAGAGCGAGAAGGCCGAGCAGGAGCGGCUGGCGCGGCUGCGGCGACAGGAGCAAGAGGACCUGGCGCUGGCCAUAGCGCUGAGCAAAGCCGACAUGCCGGCCGCCUAGGACGCUUCCGGGGACAGCCCGAGACCCCUGCGCUGCCUCUGCGGGCCGCCUGGCCGUCGGGCCUCCUCCCGGAAAGUGCGCAUGGCCGAUGGACGGAGCCUCCCCGCCCCCUCCCCACUCCCUAGCUGCAGACCAGGCCCCCUCACCCCACCCCCGCAUCAGUGAGACCCCCCCUCCCGGCGAUGUAUGCAUUCGUUGUAUAAAAAUGAAGUUUGAAUGAUUAAUAUAAAAUAUU